AUGCUUACCCUUCACCAUUUGCAAAGAUCUCAAUCUGAGCGCAUUGUGUGGCUCUGCGAAGAACUCGGCGUUGAAUAUGAGUUGAAGACGUACCCUCGUGAUCCCAAGACAAUGCAGUGUCCACCCGAACUACAAGCGCUUCAUCCUACAAAGGCCGCGCCCGUCAUCCAAGAUGGCGGUGUUACGCUUGCCGAGUCCGGCGCAAUUGUGGAAUAUAUACUGACCAAAUAUGGCCAUGGCAAGCUGUGCAUCUCGCCUGAAGCAAGGAAUUAUGCAGACUAUCUCUACUUUCUGCAUUUCGGCAACGGAUACUUUAUGCCCGCUGUGCUCGGCUACGCGCCAUAUCUCCGUGGCACUCUCGUCUACUCGGAAGGAAACCUGGCUGCUUUUUUCUCCAAUCGUAGCUUCAAGCAGGCGCUACAGAUUCUUGAUGAUCGCUUGCAGACGAACAAGUGGCUAGCUGGAGACGAAUUCACUGCGGCUGACAUUAUGAAUGUCUUUGUGCUGACGACUGUACGGCUCUUUGUUCCUUAUUCACUGGAAGGACGUGAUGCAAUUCUUGCGUAUUUGGAGCGAGUCACCAAGAGGGAAGCAUAUGUUCGCGCGAUGGCGAAGGGGGAUCCUGGACUCGCACCAGUCAUUGCAGCUAAAGUGGCUACACCGGGGAUGUAA